UUUUGGGAGUCCGCGUCGCUAUAAAACCCCUGACGAUUUCUCCUUUCUCCGGUGGGAACGGGAAAGAGAUCCUCCAGCGCGGGAAUCUUCUUUUCUCCCGCCAUCUUCUCCCCCGCGCCAUACCUGUGUUCGAUCGAAACCCUAAUUCUCUCCCCCUUUUUUUCUUUACGUAGAUCCACUGUUGAUCAGAAUCAGGUGUCGACCUAGCCCUUGCCGGUCGUCUGAUGGAUAGAUCGGUGGAGGAAGAGGAUGUGCUCGAGAUCGGGAGCACGCCAUCGCCUGCGGGGGCGAAGAGGCGGCGGAGAUGCGUCCAGUCGAAGCUCCCUUGGGCUGUUCCCCGAGAGGAGGGGGCCAAUGGGAUAGGGGCGGCGGCGGAGGAGGAUGAGAAAGAGGCGGAGGAGAAGGGGAAGCGGAAGAAGAAAGGAAAAUCCAAGCCAAGAACUCCUAAAAAGUCUCCAGUCAAAGGCAAACAAGUGCGGGGAUUAAGUACUGGAAGCAAAAGUUCUCCAGACUCAGUCAAGAGGAGUCCACGACAGAAGAAAACUGUAGAGCAACUCGAAGCUGUAGCUUUGAAAGUGGGGAACAGCAAUCGCUUCAACAUGUUAGAAUCCAUGGCCAGUAACAAAGAUUGUCAGCAGUUGAAGGACAACCUGAGUGAUGAGGCUAAACCUAGAAAGGUUGCAAUACCUAGUGACCUAAAGGAGUCAUAUUCUGUGAAGAGAAAAGUCAAUGGCAAAUCUGAUGCUGCAAUGGAUCUAGAUGGCCUAAGUCUGCAUACGGACCAACUGGUCUGUGAUCUCCGGUUGGAGGGAAAAAUAGCUGCAGAGGAAAAUGUGUGGUUAUCUACAGGAAAGCGAAUGCAUCCAUUUUUCACUUGUUCGAAACCAGCCAAGAGUGCGUCAUCAGCUCAAGCCAUUGCAAAAGUGAAAAGUAGACAUUUUGUUUCCUGUCCUCCUGUUCAUGUAUUUGAUAAACAGGAUGAUGUCAUUUCAUUAGAUUGGAAAAACUGGGUAUUUUCAGAGAGGACUCUGCUUGACAAGAGUGGUUGUUCUGCCAUGAGAAAUGAUUUUUCAGUUUUUGAGGGCUCAGUUGAGCCUUUCAGAUUACAUACUCUUUGUCCUAAAGAGGUGCAUCUAGAUCAACUAUUAGAUAGAGAAGAAAAGGAUUCUUUAACCUCAGCAAUAGCCUCAUCUAUAUUAUCCACUGGGCAAAAUCAAAGCGAGCAGUUGCUCUCACACUUGAAGUUGGUCCAUGUUAAUGGCAAUAGUUCUUUGUCAUUUAGAUGUGGUAGUUGCGUAAGUAAUUUGGAGAGCAAGCAUGAGGAUUUGCUACUUAAGGAAAGGUUGGCAUCAUACUUUCGACGUUGCAGUUAUUGGCCUGAGUGUAGCCUAUGGAUAAACAAGUACCAGCCAGAAAAUGCCUCAGAAGUGUGUGGAAACAGCGAAUCUAUUAGAUCCCUCAGUGAAUGGCUGAAGUCAUGGCAUGAAAGAGGACGGCAAAGCAGUCAGAACUGUAAAUCUGGUGAAAAAUGUGCCAUUGAAGAGAGUGAGGAUAGCUUAUAUGAAAAUGAUUCUGACAGGGAUGACAGAGAAGAUGCAGCUAUCCUUAAAAAUGUGCUUUUAAUUACUGGACCUGUUGGGAGUGGUAAAUCUGCUGCCAUCUAUGCCUGUGCAAAGGAGCAAGGCUUUGAAGUAAUUGAGGUGAAUGCAUCUGAAUUAAGAAAUGGAGCACAUGUAAAGCAAAAAUUUGGAGAGGCAAUGGAAUCACAUGGAUUUAACAGAUGGUCUCAACUGAUAGGUCCGAGGGAAAAGCAUAACUCUGAGUUACUGCCUAACACAGUUUGCAUGAGAGAAGCUGAUGACUUUGAGAAUUGCUCAAUUAAGAUGGCUUUAAGAGAAUGUGAAAUAGAGAAAGCUCAUAUAGAAUGCUCUUGUAAUGUUGUAGAGAAUAGACGUGCCCUGACCCAAGUUGCAAAUAAAACCCUAAUUCUCUUUGAGGAUGUAGAUACUGUUUUUGAUGAAGAUCGUGGUUUUAUUUCUACUAUACUUCAGCUGGCUGAAACUGCAAAGCGACCCAUGAUACUUACAAGCAAUAAUAAGAAUCCUAUCUUACCACAGCUUCUGGACCGGGUCACUUUGGAGUUCAAACAUCCAUCAUCUGAGGAGCUGCUGUCACUUGUACACAUGAUUUGUGCUUCUGAGAAAGCUCAAAUUUCUGCCCAAUUGAUGGAGCACUUAAUCAGGUCUUGUCUAGGUGAUAUCCGUAAGACUCUUAUGCUUCUUCAGUUCUGGUGCCAGGGCAAGAGAGACCAUACAGACAGGAAAAUGCAAUUCACCACAUACAGUCCCCUCCCAUUUGAUAUUGAUGCUGCACAUCUCAUAAUGCCAAGACUAAUUCCGUUUGAGUUUCGAUGUGAACUGUCAGAAAAGGUGGGUAAGGAGAUCAAUAAAACAAUUUCUUUGGUAGAAGAACAGUUCAUGGAGAUGACGAAGCAAGAAGAACUUAACUCAAAAGAAAAUACCAAUUUUUUCAAAACGAGAAAGAACACAGCAAAUACUAUCAAGACUAGGAAAAAACACAAGUUAAAAAGAAAAAAUUCAAGCCUUGACUGUGCAGAAUUUUCAGCUCAGGCCAAUGAUCUGAAUGACUUAUUUGAUGCUUCAGAUUCCCCAGCGACAAAUGCUCGACGAAAAGUUAAGCACAGUCGAAGUACAAUAUUGUCUUCCCAGUCUGAGGAUGAGCUAUGUGCUAAUGACCUUCCACCUGCAGAAAUUACUUCAGUAGCUCCUAACAGCUGUCAUCUGGCAGAUAUGUUGACAGUGCCAAGUCUACAGGCACUAAAUGACUUGGAUCUGUGUAGUGAUCCCAUAUAUCAAUCUAGAAGGGAUGUUAAUGCUCAAAAUUCAUUUGAAACUCUUGAAAUGGUAUCUGCUUCACAUAUCUGUGACACAUUCAAAUUGCUGGAUGUGUCAUUUGUUCCAGAAUCUUCUUUCAUAUCUGAGGCUGGGGCCCACAAAAAGGAUGAUCUUCUAUCAAUGGCAGUAUCUUCUAACAAUGCAUCUGUUUGUUUUACUGGUUUUGUUCAGUCAACUUGUGCCCUGCCAGAAGCAAAUGCUGGUACUCUAGAUGGACCUGUGGCUGAAUCAAUAACCUGUUCGGAAAGCAAUGCUGGAAUUACACGUGAGGAUGUGGAGUCAAUUUAUGGACAUGAGGAACAAGGAGAUUCUCAAAAUGUAGUUGAAACACCUUCAGCCAGUGGAUAUCAAUUGAUGGAUGAAUGUAGCCGGAUUGAUUUCAACAUGCGGUUGACACCUGGGAAAUGUGGUAAGUGCUCUCAGGAAGCUGUUUCUGUGCCAGAAACAUGGAGAAAACUACGCAAUCAACGUGAAGAUCUAAAAUCAUAUUUAAGAAGUAACAAGAAUGAAGCUUCUUCAAUAAUAAAGUGUGCUUCUGGACUGACUGAUUUUCUUUCUGAAACUGACAUUAUAUUCAGUAGCUGCAACCCCAUUGUCAAUGACAUCUUAGAGCCGUCAUUAACACCCUGUGUUGAACCAGAUGCUUCUUCCUGGUAUGAUCAGCAACUUGAGAUGGGAUCUACAUAUGCACAACAUGGCCUUUGCUUUCACGCAAGCAGGUGCUUGUCCCUAGGCUCAGAAUUAGGCUUUGAAAACACAGUGGAUUUGGCACAGGAAAUGCUGGCUUCCAGCACUAAUGUUAUGGCCCUGGGGAAGCUGCUCGCCCAGGGGAACGUCACCAGUCAAAAUUUAUAUGAUGGAAGAUUGCAUAUAAAGGCACCAAGAUAUGGCUUAUCCAUAAGAAGGGAAUUGGAAUCUAGACUUCACAACAUCAUUCUUUCUAUAGCUCCAGCAAGGUUGUUCAAGACAUUCACAGGCAUUGCUUUCCAUGAAUACUUGUCCUUCAUGAGCCAGAUCUCCAAAUUAGAGUGCUCGCGACUCUCAAAAAGCACAAAUCAGAGCCCACAGAGAAGGUACCCACGGACAAGGUCUCGGCAAUCAGGGCACUACUUGAGUUCUGGCGCACUAUCACUGUCACCUGAUGAUGUGGAAUUUUUGAAUCAAAGCAGCUGCCUUAAUGGGGUAGGUUCCACAUGAUAAAUGGAUGACAAGUAUUUACAAAAGAUAAAGUUGCUCGUUCAAGCACGACUUACAGUACUAACUUGGAUAAAUGUGGAGGUGACCAGUAGAAGUGAAGAAUGAGAUGCGCCAAUAUUCGCUCAAAAAUCUUUCAGCUUUGGCAAGCUCCAGAGUGUUUCAAAUGACUUAUUUAUUUAAUGCAGUCCAUAUUGGUUCUACAGAAAAUGGUACGCUGUGCUAGGAAAUGGUGCGGCCGAUCUUUCAGUUUUUGUUCUGCACAAAAUACACAUGUAAUUUUUUUUCCUUAUCCAAAAUCUGUCAAGUUUAUGUAGAGCUAGGAUCCUGCUUUGGAAACUCCCCAGGGUUUCAAUUAAUGUAUUUAUCUAAUGCAGUCUAUAUUUGUUCUACAGAAAAUGUCACCUUGUGCUAGGAAAGCAUGCAGCCUGUCCUGAACAGACUGUAAAUGUAAUUUUUGUUCUUAUCCAAGUUCAUAUAGACCUAAGAUCCUUACAAGGUA